CACUGCCCUUUAUUGAGCCCUUACUAAAUACAAGGCUCUGUGCCGAGUGUAUCACAACUGUUAUGUCAAUUUCAUUCUUCCAUCAACCUCAUGAGAUCCGUCCUCAUUUUAUCAAUAAAGAGUGUGCGCUCAGAAAGGUUAAGCAAUUUGUGCAAGAUCACACAGUAAGUUGCAGAGCGAGAAUUCAAACCCAGGUCUCUGGGGUCCCAACACAUGGACUUGUACUUACUCUUAUCUACUGCUCUGCUGAUUCCUACUCCUGUCCCGCUACAUUCUGUGUUUUUAGUCGGCUCCCUUGCCACAGGCUUUUCGAUGUGUAACUCCAGGUGUCCAGGUUGGCCUGCUUCUAAAUGAGUCAUGUUUCACUCGUCUGAGCCAGGGUCUCCUCAGAUGAUGUCUGGGAGCAUGAAGUUAGGAAAACCUCCCGAGUGAUUUGACACAUGGGCAGGACUGAGAACUAGUGGAAUGGAGGAAUAUCACCUUUCCCACCCUCCAAAAAAAGGAAGAAGAUACUUGCCGGUGCAAUUUUGAAGAUUUGGAUAUAGAAUUAGCAUGGGGAAUAUAGAUUUAGAAGUUUCAUUCAAGAAAAUGGAAGAUACUUUCAAAUGAUGCCUUCAAGUCAGCAGCAAAACCAAGUAACUGGUGUGUUACGUUGGAGUCCAUGGCCUGUGAGGACCCAGUAGGCCAUGACAGGAUGAAGCGCUAUCAUAUCAGGCAGGGGUGAAGUCCCAGUGGCCAGCCGUGCCCCUGGCUUUGGGAUGUCUCUACCACCACUUUCAGGCUGAUGGUGGCCACUGCCACCUCCUGGUGAAGUGACUUAAGACACCAUCCCCGAGGCGUCCCCAGAUUGCGGUGACAUAUCAUGUCAUAAUGAUCUGUCUCAUUGAGCAUUUUUACUCAUUUCUAGAUGAGGAUACACUAAGGCAAGGACUUACAAAGCUAAUUUUCCCAGGCACAUCUACAUUUGAGUUAAAAUAACCCGCUACUGGCCCUACAGGAUUUCUAAGAAUAGCCUUAUUUUGCUUGAGUUCAAGCAAAUAGUUCUAUUGUGAAGAUGACUGGCCAGGAUCUGUGCCUCUUGCCCCAAACUCCAGCGAGAACUGCCCAGAGGAGGGGCUGAGCUGCUCACAGCCGUCACCUUUGCUCUCCUAACGAGAGCUGCCCAGAAGGUCCCUGCCUAGCGAGUGCAGAAGUCUGACUGACUGACCUGCAAGAUAGUUGAGGCCGUAGCAGGACUCCCUUCCCACCUUCAAGGGCCAGAAAUGCCACAGGAGAUGAGAUGAUGAUUCAGAUCUGUACUCUCCUCGAUACUCCUUUUCUGAAGACACCAAAUCUCCCUUCUCUGUGCCUCGCUCAAAAAGUGAAAUGAACUACAUUGAUGGUGAGAAGGUAGUUAAGAGGUCAGCCACACUUCCCCUCCCGGCCCGCUCUUCCUCGCUAAAAUCAAGCCCAGAAAGAAACGACUGGGAGCCCCCAGAUAAGAAAGUGGAUACAAGAAAAUACCGUGCAGAGCCCAGAAGCAUUUACGAAUAUCAGCCGGGCAAGUCCUCCGUUCUGACCAACGAAAAGAUGAGUCGGGAUAUAAGCCCAGAAGAGAUAGAUUUAAAGAAUGAACCUUGGUAUAAAUUCUUUUCGGAAUUGGAGUUUGGGAAACCGCCUCCCAAAAAGAUAUGGGAUUAUACUCCUGGAGACUGCUCUAUCCUUCCUAGAGAGGAUAGAAAGACUAAUCUAGAAAAAGAUCUCAACCUCUGCCACACAGAGUUAGAGGCAGAUUUAGAAAAAAUGGAGACGCUUAAUAAGGCACCCAGUGCAAACCUGUCACAGAGCUCAGCAGUCAGCCCCACUCCGGAAAUUUCUUCAGAGCCUCCUGGAUAUAUAUAUUCUUCCAACUUCCACGCAGUGAAGAGGGAAUCAGAUGGAACUCCUGGGGAUCUUGGGAGUUUGGAGAACGAGAGGCAGAUUUAUAAAAGCGUCUUGGAAGGUGGAGACAUCCCUCUCCAGGGCCUCAGUGGGCUCAAGCGACCAUCCAGCUCAGCCUCCACUAAAGUGGAUCGUAAAGGUGGGAAUGCUCACAUGAUUUCUUCAUCUUCAGUUCAUAGCCGAACCGUUAACCCUAGCAAUGCGUUAGGCCCUGUGUGUAAGCACAAGAAACCCCUGUCCGCCGCGAAAGCCUGCAUUUCCGAAAUCCUUCCCUCCAAGUUCAAACCCAGGCUCUCUGCUCCCAGCGCUCUCUUGCAGGAACAGAAGAGUGUCCUGUUGCCAUCGGAAAAGGCUCAGAGCUGUGAGAAUCUUUGCGUUUCGGUUUCUUUGAAUGAUUCCAAGAGAGGCCUCCCGCUCCAAGUGGGGGGCAGCAUCGAGAACCUGUUCAUGCGUUCCCGGCGGGAUUAUGACAGCAAGUCGAGCAGCACCAUGAGCCUGCAGGAGUUCGGCAGCAGCGCCAGGAGGCCCUGCCCACUCUCGAGAAAGGCUGGGAUGCAGUUCACCAUGCUUUACCGGGACAUGCACCAGAUCAACCGAGCUGGCCUCUUCCUAGGGUCCAUCUCCUCCUCGAGUGUGCGGGAUCUUGCCUCCCACUUUGAAAGGAGCAGCCUGGCCUUGGCCAGGGGUGAGCUGGGCCCCAGCCAGGAGGGCUCAGAUCACAUCCCCAAACACACAGUCUCCUCCCGCAUCACAGCUUUCGAGCAGCUGAUCCAGCGCUCCCGGUCCAUGCCAUCCUUGGACCUGUCCGGCAGGCUGAGCAAGUCCCCCACACCGGUGCUGUCCCGGAGCGGCCUGACCUCAGCCCGCUCCGCCGAGUCCCUCCUGGAGUCAACCAAGCUCCGGCCUAGGGACAUGGAUGGGAUGAACCCCAGGGGUGUCUAUGCCUCCCCAACCUGCAGCAAUAUAGUGGACCCCAGCUUGGGCUUCAGGGGCCUUGCGCCUUCUGAGCCCCUCUCCACCUGCUCUGACGAGCUCGACCACUGCUCGAACAUCUCCAGCGACAGCAGAGAAGGCAGCGGUAGCAGUGUUCAUGGGGACUUCCCCAAACACCGCCUCAACAAGUGCAAGGGCACCUGCCCGGCCUCAUACACCCGCUUCACCACCAUCCGGAAGCACGAGCAGCAGCAGACCUCCAGACAGCCUGACUGGCGCCCAGAUUCCAGAGGGGACAGGAACACGCUCCUCAGGAACAUCUACCUAAUGAGUCCCCUCCCGUUCCGGUUGAAAAAGCCCCCCCAGCACCACCCCAGACAGCCUGCCCCCGGUGACUUCUCAGGCCCCCCCGCCGGCCGGAAGCCAGACCUCCCCAGCCAGCCCCUUCAGGAUGAUCCCCGCUCUGGGGCGAAGCCCUUGGUCCCCAAACGCCUGUCUUCCCGACACACCAUGGCCAGGCUGAGCCGGAUCUCAGAGCCCCCUCAGGAGAGACCCGCAGUCCCAGAGGACUGCCCGAGGGCCUUUAAUAAUGGGAACUCUGUGCCGUACUCAGACCACGGCCUGGACAGGAACAACAACCCACAGAGUGAACUGGGACCAUCCCUCGGAGAUUCAGAAUCACCAAGACAUUUUAUACCAGCUGAUUACUUGGAAUCCACAGAAGAAUUUAUUCGAAGACGUCAUGAUGAUAAAGAGAAACUUUUAGCGGACCAGAGACGACUUAAGCGCGAGCAAGAAGAGGCCGAUAUUGCAGCUCGGCGCCACACGGGCGUCAUUCCAACGCACCAUCAGUUUAUCACUAAUGAGCGCUUUGGGGACCUCCUCAAUAUAGACGAUACGGCAAAAAGGAAAUCUGGGUCAGAGAUGAGACCUGCCAGAGCCAAAUUUGACUUUAAAGCUCAGACACUAAAGGAGCUUCCUCUGCAAAAGGGAGACAUUGUUUACAUUUAUAAGCAGAUCGACCAGAACUGGUAUGAAGGAGAGCACCACGGCCGGGUGGGCAUCUUCCCACGCACCUACAUUGAGCUGCUUCCACCUGCAGAGAAGGCUCAGCCCAAAAAGUUGACACCGCUGCAGGUUUUGGAAUACGGAGAAGCUAUUGCUAAGUUUAACUUUAAUGGUGAUACGCAAGUAGAAAUGUCCUUCAGAAAGGGUGAGAGGAUCACGCUGCUUCGACAGGUGGACGAGAACUGGUACGAAGGGAGGAUCCCGGGGACGUCCCGGCAAGGCAUCUUCCCCAUCACCUAUGUGGACGUGAUCAAAAGGCCACUGGUGAAAAACCCAGUGGAUUACAUCGACCUGCCUUUCUCCUCCUCCCCAAGUCGUAGUGCCACCGCGAGCCCACAGUUUCCCAGUCACAGCAAGCUCAUCAUGCCAGCCCCCUCAUCUCUGCCUCACCCCCACCGAGCCCUGUCCCCUGAGUUGCAUGCUGUCACCUCUGAGUGGAUCUCGCUGACUAUAGGGGUCCCAGGCAGGCACUCUCUGGCCCUGACCCCACCCCUGCCUCCCCUGCCGGAGGCUUCUGUCUAUAACACUGACUACUUUGCCUUGUUGGCAAGACCUGGUCCCUCCCUGCCCCUCAGGCUCCCACAUUCAAGUUGGUCCACCUCACGCUCAGUGGUAUCCCCACUGGCCCUACCUCCUCCCCACAAAGCCUACUCCCUGGCACCCGGUGCCCAGGCCUCCCUUCACAUCAAUGGAGACAGUGGUAUCCACCAGGACAGCUUCUCCCAGCCGCUGCUUGGGAGCUCCGACAGGGUCAUCUCGGAGCUUAGCGAUGCCUUUAGCAACCAGGGAAAGCAGCAGCCAUGGCGAGAAGAAAGCAGACAGUAUGAGAGGAAAGCAGAGAGGGAGGCAGGUGAGAGAUACCCUGGUGGACCCAAGAUCUCUAAGAAGAGCUGCCUGAAACCUUCAGACGUGGUCAGGUGCCUGAGCACGGAACAGAGACUCUCAGAUCUCCACACCCCAGAGGAGAGCCGGCCCAGCAAGCCCCUGGGUAGCCCUUUUCCGGGAAGGGAGGCUGAGCAGACAGAGCUGCAUAGAGGUGGCGAGCAGGCUCAGAGGAAGGCUGCUCGGAGUGGUGUGAGCCAGCCUUCUCAUCAUUCAUUGAGAGCAGGACCUGAUCUCACAGAAUCUGAAAAGAGCUAUGUGGAAGCAGUUUGCAAUGAGAUCAUAAACAUUGCCGAAAAAUCUGUUCAUUACUGCAGCACUGUUUCUCAUCCCUUUGACUUUCAUCACAAGGUAUCCCCUUCUGACAAUAAAUCAUCUUUAAUCAUUUCUCAGCAACCUCAAGCCCAGCAGCGAAGAGUCACCCCAGAUAGGAGUCAAGCCUCACAAGAUUUAUUUAGCUACCAAGCAUUGUAUAGCUAUAUACCACAGAACGAUGAUGAAUUGGAACUCCGAGAUGGAGAUAUUGUUGAUGUCAUGGAAAAAUGUGAUGAUGGAUGGUUUGUUGGUACUUCAAGAAGAACAAGGCAGUUUGGUACUUUUCCAGGCAACUAUGUAAAGCCUUUGUAUCUCUAAGAAGACUGAAAACCACAGAGGUGAUUUUUAUUGGUGGAUGAAGCAUAAUUCAUGAACCGGUCUCUUUAUUUAAACAUUGAGUCAGUAGGAAAACUAAUGCAGUGGAUAAAGUAAGAAGCAAAAGAAAGGGACAGAGAAGUGUGUUGUGUUUAAAACCGGAGCCUGUCUAAGCUUACUGUGUAUCAGACAAGCCUGAACCAUGCUCUGAGCAGAAAGGAAUGAGGCAAAUCUGUAUUUACUUAGCUGCUUCUGGGAGCCGCUCCAGCCCUCCCCACCUCUCCCCAUCUUAGGUAAUCUGACCUGCAGCACAGUCCAGGAGCAGUUAGGCCAGAAAUGCCGCCUGCCGCUGCUGCCUUGACUAGCUCCAGCUCAGAGAGGUCUCAGCAUUUAGCCUGAAGCAGCCCUCAGAGGGCCAGGCAGGUCCCCAGCCAUGCCCCAAAGGCUCCACACACAGACUCCGAGCCACCCCAGAGCCCACUGGGCCCCCUACACUGUUGGAGAUGAGUCUGGGCUGUAGAGACUACCCCAAACAGUGGUGGAGGCCCCCCCAAACUUCCCAGGACCGCGUCCCUCCCUGGACCUGCUGAGGUUUGUGGGGAAGUUGAGGCAAAACCUCGGCGCCCUGUGUAUUCAGGCGGCAUGCGGCACUGCCGUCGGUGCCCCUGGUGUUCAGAAAGAAAAACACACGGUUUGCCCAUGGGAACCAGGGGGCCAGGCAGAUAGUUAAAUUUGUAUGUCUGAGUGAUUGAAGUCAAGAAGCCCUGUAGCUCUUGAGGACACAUGUAGUGUGCUCCUUUCCCAUAUCACUGGCUUUCAUAAAUGUUUACCUUCAGAGCAGCACAGUUUCAUUUAUUAGAACACGACUGCUAACCUUUCUUUUCUGGAUUUUCUUCUUUGUUAUUUUUUUUGGCCAGGACAGUUUGGGGUUGAUAGGCCUGUGGUCAGAGAGAACCAAAUACGAUGUUCAAUGAUUCAUUUAACAUAUACUGAUGAUGUACACUGGAUGCCAGGGCCACUGAUGGCAUGCUCCAAGCCUUAGAAGAGACCCACUGUGUCUCCAUUUUUACUCCCCAUAGGAGUUCAAGGGCCACCCAAAAUGUAGCACCCAGGGUUAUGAAUCCUGAUGCACCUUGGUGAGGCUUCUCUUCAGAGCAAAAGGUGCAGUUGCAGUGGCCUUAGGUGUGAGGCAAGGACUCUGCCCCUCCCUAGUGGUCUGUCCUUUGUAGGGCCAGAUCCAAGGGGCCCUGGUGACUCCUGCGAUGUUCAGGCAGAGCUCUGUCCAAUCCCAGGAUGUUUAUUGGCCUCACUGUUAGGCCCCUUGGAGAGAGAAAGGUAGACAUGACCCAUUCCCUACCUCCCGGGAACUCAGAGGUGACUAGGGAGACAGACUCACAAAAAAAUACUAAAUCAAGAGUGACUGUGCUAUGUGCUAAGAAGGGUGUGAGAGAGGAAGAGAGGAAUUCUCCCUGGAGGGAUCCUAGAAAGCAUUGUCAUGUUUCCGUCUCCACUAGCUCCCUUUUGAGCAAUAGGAAGCUGGAAGAACCUUUGCUCGAGGGCCCUUUAUGACUGAAAAUAUUUGGAACUGUUUCCAGAGACUUCAAAUUCUCAACUUCCCCACAAAUACACACCCAAGGUCACAAAUAGGAGUAGUAAUUCUAGGUGGCAGUGUGUGUACAGGGACCCUGGCUCUCUGCUUAUAGCUCAGAAUUGCCCCAGAGCUGUUGUCCCAAAGUCUGGAGUCUUCAUAAGCAGGUGAAGUUUGUCUUCAGUGCCUCUGCCUCAGCUUCUGUCUCCACGACUCAUCUUGGGAUCCCAUCAGCUGCCCACACCUCCAUGAGACAGCCUCGGUACCCUCACGUCUCUCCCUGUCCUGUUCUCAAACCUGUUCACAGGACAGAAACUGCCACUGGCUCCUUCACACUAAAGUGUAAAUGACUGAUGCAAGGAAUGUGUUACCUCUUCCCAGAAACCUUUGUUUUUGACUAGGUCAGAGCAGAGCCUUAAUCCCAAGGGAAAAGGCUGUGGAACUAAUGGUGGGGGUGGAGGUGCAGGUGGUGGGGAGGAGCUUUCUGGGUAGAAGUUCCUUAAAUAAGACUCAUUGCUUUGGAAGGUCCACUCCACUGUCCAAGGGCACUGUUUUUUUGUUUGUUUGUUUGGGGUUUUUUUUUUUACUCACUCUCUGAGGGAAUAUAGUACAAGAGCAUUUGCACAGCAGCAUUUCACUCGUUUGGAAAUGUAAUUCUUGUAUUGGCUAAUAUGUUUGUUCCCUGGUCUUAGAUGCAAACCAUUAAUAACAUGAUCUUAUCUAAUAGUUUUCAGAGGGGUGCUUCUUGAUUAAAUAGGUAAUUUUGAACACCUCUUUAAAUACAGCUAGAAAAUAAAACCAAUUUGUAAAGCCACAUUUGCAUAUGAUGCCAACCUCAUGCAAUUGUCUAUCUCCAGAAACCCAGGUAUGCCUCACCAAUUUGCCCAUCGUUAAUAAAAUCAUGUUAAAACUUGCAUCAAACUUCAGCUUCCUAUGUAUGACAGAACAAGGAACAAAGGUUUCCAAUGGCUCUUUUGUCUUCAGACAUUUAGUAAUAUAAAAUACCUAUUUUUAUGCUGAGAUGUUUAUACAGGUUUAUUAAUAGCAAGUGCAACUAACUGGCGGCAUGCCUUGCUACCCGUUUUGAUAUAUUAGCCAUGCUUCUGGGUAAAGGCAAGCCACAAACUACUUCUCUCUUGCAGUCUCUCUGGGAUCAGUAAAAGAAAAAAAUCAUAUGCUUAAGUGGGACUGUAAAUAUGUAUAUUAACUUUGUAUAGCCCAUGUACCUACUUUGUAUAGAAAAAUAAUUUUAAAAAUUUGAACUGAAGUGGGGAGGGAAAUAAGGAAGUCAUGAAGUUUUUUGCAUUUUUAUUUAAAUGAAGGAAUUCCAAAUAACUCACCGGCAGAUUUUUAGCACAAAUAUAGCCAUUGUAAAGUGUUAAAUUUUUAAAUAAUCAUUCUUUCUGGGAGAGAAGGUAACUGUUAUCUCAGUUACAGGUUUUUGGAGACUUUUUUUUUUUUGGCAGUUCUAUUUAUCUGAAGUAGUAUUAAGUCCUAUUGCUAGAAUAGGUUACUGCAAAAAAAGAUUAUAUUCUGAAAGAAAAAUAACUGACCUUAUAUAUAACCAAUUAAUUUAAAGUAUUGCCAUUUAAAUUACACACCAAGGGCAUGUACUAUGCAGACACAGGUUUUUCUGUUCAUUUAUUUUUCUUUAUUGCAGUGGAUUGAGUUGAUAAAUAGAGGUGUUGAAUUGCUACAUUUGCUGUACAUAUUAUUUAAUAAACUUUAUUCAGAAUUGUGUGGCA